UGGCGGAUGUUUCUCGCUGACACGGGUACAACAAUGAAACGCACACACCAAAUAAUUUCCCAACCGGGAGAGUAGGCGCUUUCUCCGUCACCUCAGUGUUGAUUCUGUUGAAGAGUUUUCCCUCUUUCAAAAAAUCAUUUUGUCCUUGGCUGUGCCCUACACUCCCUUGUCUCGCAGAGAAUCACUCUUCCACAAAAUCUCUCGCAAAUGCUGGUACAAAUGGCUCGAUUCCAUUUUCUAUGAAUUGGUUAAAUGCACUGAAGACGUCUUUUAAGAAAGAGUUAAGCAGAGAGUGUGUGUUUGCUCCUUAAAUCACCUCCGCCUUUAUUCCAUCCCUUGGAGGGACUCAAGGCCUCAUCACCUAUCUGAAGCUGGCAAGUGAGUACCAGUGAGCUCCGAGGUGUUUUUUAUGAAUGGCUCCAAAUCCUCGAGUUGUGUCAGCCUUUCGUGCAAUGAAGGAUCUUGGCAUUGCUGAAGAAACUGUGAAGCCAGUUUUAAAAAAUCUUCUAAAAUUGUAUGACAAAAAUUGGGAGCUUAUUGAAGAAGAAAGUUAUAGGGUCCUUGCAGAUGCCAUUUUUGAGUAUGAGGAAACAAAGGCAGCAGCACUGAAGAAUUCUAAGAAAACUGAUCAAGAGGAAAAUUUAGAGGAAGAAGCUCAGAUGCAUGAUGAGCCAGAACGCCCUUUGAAAAGGUUGCGCUUAAGAUACCAAGAUGGUCAGGUUUCAUCCCCCAUUGGUAAUUCUGGCCCCAGCUUGGCUGAAACUUCAUUCAGAAAACCUAAAGCAGAGGAGGCUGAACAGCCUGAUACUAGUUCCCGACAGCAGUUACAGGGCAGGAGAGAAUCACCUGAGCCAAAUGUCAGAAACAUUGGAGUUCAACCACAGCCGGUUUCUCCGCAGCCACACCUUAGAAACAAAGGAAAGCAACCUGUUUCGCCUAAGCUUUUGGCAGUACAGCAGGAUUCUGAUACAUCUCAGCAGUGUGCUGGUGGUGGAACUCAGUCAUGUGCUUCAAAGAGAACUGAACCUGAUUUGCUUUCUUCCCAGACACGUCUCAAAGACAAAGGAAAGGAACCAGUCUCAUCUCAAAUUUCUCCCAGAGAGAAAAGAUUGACAUCUGAGAGAUCACAUCAUGCACUGCAGUUUAAAGAGCCAAAACAUGAGCCUGGCAUUGUUCUUUUGCCCAAACAGAAGAUGCCUGAUAUUUGUGCACUGAUCAAGCCAAAAGAUGAGCCAUUCACCGAUGAAAUGGCACAAUAUGAGGUUCCUAUUGCGGUGAUCCAUCCAGAACCAUUAAGCAAUGGUGCACCCAUUGGAAAUGAUUCUAAUGAAAGAGAAGAUGGUCCAGAACCCCAGGAAACAGAAUGUGUGGAUGGACAAGAUAGAGGUGAUGGUAUUCCAGCUUCAUCCGAUGAGAUGAGAACCAGUAGUAAAAUUGCAGAUGCCUCAGAAGGAUCUCCUACUAACUUAGAGAUUGCUUCUUCAUCCUUGGGAGAGGUAAAAAUUUCUCUAAGUUGCAAUGCCCUUGGAAGGCCUAAAUUUCAUAUGCCCAGUCUUGAUGCAGUUGUAAAAAUGGUAGAGGAUAAAUGUCUCAGACCAUUCAAAGACAUUGAACCAAGCUUUUCUUUGAGGAAACUGAUGAAAGAUGUGUGUGAUUGCUUUUUGGAACUAGUAACUGACUCGAUUGAUGAAUCACAGGAAAGAUCAGUAAACAUAGCACCAAGUGUUGAUUUAUUGAAAAAAUCUGCUGCACGGGACGCUCGUAGUACCAGAUGUGAUAAAGAAAACUUUAGCAUGCCAUUUUGUCCAGUAAAUGGAUCAGUCAAUAUAUCCCCUGCUGUAAUUGCUGUACCUCAAGUUCUAAGACUUGCACCACCUUUGAAUGGGACUGCUGAUGCAAUGCAGCUUGGUAAGAAAAUUACUGACAAUGGUUGUGGUGCAAAGAGUAAGGAAAAGGAACAUACCAACAUCGAAUCUGCAAGUUCACGUACUUUGGUGGUUGUUCAGCACCAUCAGCUAAAUCCUGAUGAUAUAAGGUCUCUUCAUGAUGUCAAUGACAUAACCAAAGGAGAGGAAAGAGUCAAAGUUUCAUGGGUAAAUGAAAUCAACAAUGAGCCUCUGCCUUACUUUCACUAUAUACCCCAGAACUUAGUUUUUCAAAAUGCUUAUUUGAAUAUCUGUCUUGUUCGGAUUGGGGAUGGGGAAUGUUGUUCGACUUGUUUUGGUGAUUGUUUAUCAUCAAAUGCACCUUGUGCAUGUGCCUGUAAAUUUGGGGGUGAAUUUGCAUACACAUUAGGAGGCCUUGUUAAGGAAGAAUUUUUAGAGGAAUCUGUAUCUGUGAACAUCGACCCUCAACAACACUGCCUGUUUUAUUGUAAAGACUGCCCACUAGAAAAAUUCAAAAGUGAUGAUAUUGCAGAACCAUGCAAAGGUCAUCUUAUGAGGAAGUUCAUUAAAGAAUGUUGGAGCAAAUGUGGUUGCCGUAAACAGUGCGGCAAUCGGCUGGUGCAGCGUGGCAUUACUUGCGAUUUGCAGGUGUUUUUUACACCUGAUGGAAAGGGAUGGGGUUUGCGAACACUGGAGGACCUGCCCAAAGGAGCUUUCGUCUGUGAAUAUGUUGGGGAAAUAUUAACCAAUACUGAGUUGCAUGAGAGAAAUAGAAGCAGCAACAAUGAAAAACACAGAUAUGCAGUAGUCCUUGAUGCGGGAUGGCAAUCAGGUGUAAUAAAGGAUGAAGAAGCUCUAUGCUUAGAUGCUGGAGCUUAUGGAAAUGUCGCUAGGUUUAUUAAUCACAGAUGUUUAGAUGCAAAUUUGAUACAGAUCCCUGUUGAAGUGGAGACCCCCGAUCAUCACUACUAUCGUCUUGCCUUCUUCACGGCUAGAAAAGUUAAUGCCUUGGAGGAGCUAACUUGGGACUAUGGUGUUGACUUUGAUGACCAUGACCAUCCUAUCAAGGCAUUUCGCUGCCUAUGCGGUAGUAAGUUUUGUCGGAGCAUGAAUCGUACAAAUAGAUCCAGGUCUACUGCAAUUGUGAAAUAAAUUGUCGAUGGGGGUUGUGAGCUGCAUCUUGUUUUGAUGGUAGGAUCCUUCCCCUCAACGAAACUGAUUUUGGUAAAUGAUUUUGAUGCAAUCAGGUGAUGAGCCUUUGGGGGGUAUGUAUUGAGGAAAAUUCUGGGAUGUUCUUGUAGGGGUUUAAUGUGCUUAUAUGGGCAGGUGUGACCCAUUUGUUUUGACCUCUGAGAUGGGAGGUGUUUAAAUGUUUUAGUGCAGAUUCAUCUGCAGGGUGGUUAUCCUUGUCAACUCUCAGUGGUUGUACUCUUAAUAACUAUUGGUUUUCAAGGUUAUGGUUGCUCCCUUUUUGUUA